AUGUGUUUCGGCAGUCGCAAAAAGGAUGAGGAGGGCAAUACUCGGUCACGGGAGCUCGACAAGAUUAUCCGACAAGAUGAGAAGCGCAUGGCACGAGAAGUUAAGUUGCUUCUUUUAGGUGCCGGCGAGUCGGGAAAGUCAACUGUGCUCAAGCAGAUGAAGUUGAUUUACGCGCAAGGCUUCAGCAAAACGGAAAAGUUAGAAUGGAAGCCCGUCGUGUUCAGCAAUAUCAUCCAGUCGAUGCGCAUAAUAUUCGAUGCCAUGGCCGACUAUUCCAUCGAAUAUGAAAACAAAGACAACGAGAAAAACCAAGCACUACUCCUUGUUGACGUUGAAAUUUCGCCUCACGAUUCGCUUCCCCAGGAAUACCUCGAGCCGGUCAAAGCCCUUUGGGGCGAUAAUGGAGUACAAAAGGCCAUCCAAAAGGGCAACGAAUAUGCUCUCCACGACAAUCUAUCAUACUUCUGCGAAGAUGCAGACCGCCUCUGGGCAGCUGAAUAUAUCCCCACCGACCAAGAUCUGCUGCGAUCACGUUUGAGGACGACAGGCAUUACCGAGACCAUCUUCGAUUUGGGCCAGCUGACAUACCGAAUGUUCGACGUGGGAGGUCAAAGAUCGGAGCGGAAGAAGUGGAUUCAUUGUUUCGAGAAUGUCAAUGUUCUACUAUUCCUGGUCGCGAUCAGCGGUUACGAUCAAUGUCUGGUUGAGGAUAAGGACGGCAACCAAAUGAACGAAGCCUUGAUGCUUUGGGAAUCCAUUGCAAACUCGCAUUGGUUCACCAAGUCGGCCCUUAUCCUCUUCCUUAAUAAGAUGGAUCUUUUUAAGGAGAAGAUCGCGUCGAGUCCUAUAACGUCACAUGGCUUUGUCGACUACCAAGGCCCGGCGGACGAUUACAAGCAAGCAAGCAAGUACUUCAUGGAUAAAUUUAGGGCUCUGAACCGUAACCCAGAGAAGGAAAUUUAUGGUCACUUUACCAACGCGACGGAUACAAACUUGCUUAAAAUCACAAUGGGCUCAGUGCAGGACAUGAUCAUCCAGCGCAAUCUGAAGCAGUUGAUACUGUGA